UUAAACUAAAUAACAAACUGGAAACAAAUCUUUUGAAAAUACAUAAAACUAACAAAUUUGUGGUGAGAGCGUUAAGUAAUGUCAGCCUCCGGAUAUGAAAAGAUAUGUCAAAUUCCGGAAUAAGCAAACAAGCACGUUGUAUCAAUAAUUUAAAAGUUACAUCAGUAAUAGGAAAAACUUCUGGCUGACAAUGACCAUGAUGGUAUAUACGAAUAGUAUAUAAGAAUAAAAAAACAAGUUGUUUCGAUUUCCCAGCACUCAACUCAGUAACUCAGUAAAGAACGAAAUGUCAAAGCUAAUCGAGGUGUUUCUGGGGAAUCUGUGGACGCAGCGUUUUACCUUCGCUCGGAUGGGCUUGGAUCUGCAGCCCGACAAAAAGGGCAAAGUCUUGCGAUCUCCGCUUCUUUUCAGUAUUAUGUGUCUGACCACAGGCUUCGAGCUCUGCACCGUGUGCGCCUUUAUGGUUCAACAUCGCAACCAAAUCGUGCUUUGUUCCGAGGCCCUGAUGCACGGGUUACAGAUGGUCUCCUCGCUUCUGAAGAUGGCUAUAUUCUUGGCCAAAUCCCACGACCUGAUGGCCCUAAUUCAACAGAUACUGGCGCCUUCUGCGGGGGAGGAUCUCUGGGACACGGAGUGGAGAUCGCAAAAUCGGAGGGGCCAACUAAUGGCUGCCGUUUACUUUAUGAUGUGUGCCGGCACGAGUGUGUCAUUUCUGUUGAUGCCAGUGGCUUUGACCAUGCUUAAGUAUCAUUCCACUGGGGAAUUCGCGCCUGUCAGCUCGUUCCGGGUGCUACUGCCAUACGAUGUGACUCAACCGCAUGUUUACGCCAUGGACUGCUGCUUGAUGGUAUUCGUGUUGAGUUUCUUCUGCUGCUCCACCACCGGAGUGGAUACCUUAUAUGGAUGGUGUGCUUUGGGCCUGAGCUCCCAAUACCGUCGCCUCGGUCAACAACUUAAGGCGAUGCGCUCCUGCUUCAAUCCACACCGUUCUGACUACGGAUUAAGUGGUCUAUUCGUCGAGCACGCUCGUCUGCUUAAAUUAGUGCAACAAUUUAAUUUAAGUUUCAUGGAGAUAGCUUUUGUGGAGGUUGUAAUAAUCUGUGUGCUCUAUUGUUCAGUAAUUUGCCAGUAUAUAAUGCCACACACCAACCAGAACUUCGCCUUCCUGGGUUUCUUUUCGAUGGUAGUUACGACCCAGUUGUGCAUCUAUCUUUUCGGUGCCGAACAGGUCCGUUUGGAGGCUGAGCGAUUUUCCAGGCUGCUAUACGAAGUAAUCCCUUGGCAAAACCUUCCUCCACAACACCGGAAGCUUUUCCUUUUUCCACUUGAGCGCGCCCAACGAGAAACUGUUCUGGGUGCUUAUUUUUUCGAACUGGGCAGACCUCUUCUUGUUUGGGUUGUUGAUGAUUUACUAUCUGAUCUAUGUAAUUUUAAUCUUUUUCGUAAUUAUUUAAAGAUAUUUCGCACAGCAGGCUCUUUUACCACUCUGAUGAACGCUCUCUACGCAAAAUACGAAACUCAUUAAAAACAAUAGGUUUACUCAUAUAACUGAAGUCAACCUUUAUGGGUCAAUAAAGGCAUU